ACACUUUGGGUGAUUUUAACGACCAUCCAUACAGGUGCGCUUGAACAUUUUUGCGUAAUCUGCGGACAGCAUGAAAUACGUGUUUACUGUGUGAAUGCAUAGUGUUUGUGCGUUACGGGUACAAAUGCGCGUCUACAGCGGAAUGGCUCUGCACCGCACAGGCUGAAACGCGUGCAACUGGGGCAUGCAUUCACUUUAACACAGCGGACCAACAAGCUGGUGUAGUCUGUAGCAGAUUCACGGGGGAUAAAACGACGUCUUGGUUUUGAACAACAAUACUGGAUUACUGGAGCUGCAGGAGAGCAUCUCCUGUCGACUUGCUGCUGAUCUACUGUGGUGGACUGAGACUGCAACAGCUGCAAAUCUCAUCAUCAUCACCAUCAUCCUCAUCGUCGUCUGCCACUUCAAACUCGACAAGACACAAGAGGACUGAGGCUGCUUUCGGCUGAUCAAAGAGCCAGCGGCCUCAAAGCACCUGUAGACCAUGACUCAAGCAGAGCUGCUCAUGUGAAAGCAGCAUGAGAUAAUUUGUGGAGUACCAAACUAAUUGCUGAUUCAAGCUUUUUCCUGUUUGGCGCUGAUGAAAAUGUUCCAUGGUGUCAGUUGACUGACAAGGUUGCAGUGCUGUUCUAGCCCGGGACAUAGCCAGCAGCUGAAGCGGAGACACCACAUUAGAAGAUGGCUCGUCCAGGAACAGGGUUGCUGGUGCCUGUCAACGGGCUGGGGUACCCCCCUCAGAAUGUGGCCAGGGUGGUGGUCUGGGAGUGGUUGAACGAACACGGGCGGUGGAGGCCAUACAGUGCAGCGGUUUGCCACCAUAUUGAGAAUGUACUGAAGGGGGACGCCCGGGGAACUGUAGUCCUGGGGCAGGUGGAUGCUCAGCUCUCUCCUUACAUCAUCGACCUGCAGUCCAUGCACCAGUUUCGACAGGAUACAGGCACCAUGAGACCAGUGCAGAGGAACUUCUACGAGCCGUCGUCUGCCCCGGGGAAAGGCGUGGUGUGGGAGUGGGAGAACGACAAUGGCUCGUGGACGCCGUACGACAUGGAGAUCUGUGUGACCAUCCAGAACGCCUAUGAGAAGCAGCACCCCUGGCUUGACCUGACCUCUCUGGGCUUCUGCUACCUCAUCGACUUCAACAGCAUGUGUCAGACCAACAGACAGAGCCAACGUAAGCGGCGCCUGCGGAGACGCAUGGACCUGGCCUACCCACUCAUCAUGGGCUCCAUCCCCAAGUCGCAGUCGUGGCCCGUGGGAGCCAGCUCUGGCCAGCCCUGCUCCUGCCAGCAGUGCAUUCUGGUCAACAGCACGAGAGCCGCUUCUAAUGCAAUCCUGGCCUCUCAGCGGCGUAAGCUCUAUGGAGGGACAGCGGGCAACCCUGGCGCUGCAGGAACCCUCGCUGUAGUGCGGCAGAGCAACACGUUUGCUGGAACCUCCCUGUGGUCUCCGACAUCCGCCUCCUCCGGCCCCAACAACAAUAACAUAAGUAUGGGAGGCGGUCAAGCCAAAGCUGAACAGGUGCAGUUGCCACUGUCCUCUGCCAACUUCCCCUGUUCCCCCGUGAUGCCAUCUCUUUCAUCCGCCCAUGGCCACCACGCUCUCACCAUCAACGGACAGAACAACCUGAACCGGCCGGGCACCCAGCGCAUUUCCAUGGGCACUGCCAGAGGAGCCAUCCCGCCAGGGGUUCCUGCCCUCCCAGUAAAGAACCUGACUGGAUCUGGGCCAGUGCACCCAGCACUAGCAGGUAUGACAGGUAUCCUGAUGUGCGCUGCAGGUCUGCCGGUUUGCUUGACUCGGGCCCCCAAGCCCAUACUGCACCCUCCACCCAUCAACAAGAGCGACAUGAAGCCUGUGCCAGGGAUCAACGGCAUGCGGCGCAAAACCAAGAAAAAGCACCUGAGGAGAGGCAAAAAUCCAGAGGAUGUGGUGCGAAGAUACACUGAGAAGAUUAAAGUGGUGCCAGAUGAGGACUGUACCAUCUGCAUGGAGAGGCUGGUCAUGUCGUCAGGCUAUGAAGGCGUCCUGCAGCACAAAGGCAUCAAGCCAGAGCUGGUGGGCAAACUUGGCAAGUGCGGGCACAUGUACCAUCUGUUGUGCCUGGUGGCCAUGUACAACAAUGGCAAUAAGGAUGGCAGUCUUCAGUGUCCAACUUGCAAAACCAUCUAUGGCGAGAAAACAGGCACACAGCCUCCUGGGAAGAUGGAGUACCACGUCAUCCCCCACUGCCUGCCCGGCUACCCAGACUCCAAGACCAUCCGCAUCGUCUAUGACAUUCCUGCCGGUAUCCAGACCAAUGAGCACCCCAACCCCGGGAAGAAGUUCAGUGCCAGAGGGUUUCCUCGACACUGCUACCUGCCUGACAAUGAGAAAGGCAGGAAGGUUCUGAAGCUGCUGAUCAUGGCCUGGGACCGACGCCUAAUCUUCACCAUCGGCACGUCCAGCACCACGGGCGAGUCGGACACGGUGGUGUGGAACGAGAUUCACCACAAGACAGAAUUUGGCUCCAACCUGACUGGCCACGGCUACCCCGACCCCAACUACCUGGACAACGUCCUGACAGAGCUGUCGGCCCAGGGGGUUGGCGAGGACAACCUGAAGGACUGAUGGCCGGCUGAGCUGGUCCACAGGAACACAACCCACCAUGCCUCGCCGUCUCCCAGAGUACAGGACACUGCAUGACGGGUCAACAAGCAGCCGACAACUCUUUACUCCCCAAGUACCCUGCAGAAGUGGUGGCACAAGAGUAACGCAAGCAAAAUAAAUGACGUGGUUAUGGUCAAUAUUUUGAUUUAUAUAACCUAAGAUUUCCCCCCUGCUGUCUCUUGAUCCAUGCCUUGAGCAUGGUGUGUUCAUGCCAAAUUUUCUCAGAGGGUUGAAGAAUGUAAAGUUGAGAUUUAUGUCUUGAUGUUGGUAGCUGCAGAUAAAUGGCAUUUAACCCCUUUUAGAUCCAAACCGAAGCUGUUCCUCUGCACUUGAUUAGGGGGCCGAAACUAUACAAAGGCAUAUUUAUAAAUGCUGAACUCCAGAAUGCAUGGCCCAGACUAACGCUGCAUAAUAAAGGUUGGGCGAUUACCUACAAUAGGUCGAGGUGUCCAGUUGUUACUUGAUAUUGUGAAGAGAAAUUUAAGAGAAUUUCAGCAUUCUGAAUCCAAAUUAGUUUAUUAUUUGCAUCCCCUGUUUCUCUAAUAAUUAAUCAUACUCCUGUAACAAAUAGUGGAACUUGGUUUUGUGAAUGGAAGGAGAGGAUUUUAGCUGUUUUUGGACGGUGAGCUGUAAAGUUGCACUGGGCGUCUCUGCAUUUUUUCCACUUCUGAUACCUUAGGUCAGUUGUUUUCUAAAAUGGAAGUUUGUGUCUCUAGUGCAUGAAGAGAGAUGGAGGCCAUGAAAUAUUAGUGUUUGGUAAUAAACGUAUGCUGUAUGGUUAACCUUGUGGACGGUCUAUGAGAGGGGACAUGAGAUAGAUGAAAUGAGCAUCUUUCCAGUCAGUUUGAUGCUUGUUAUGAGGUGCUGGAACUUGACAGGCUGAGGUUGUGAAGCAGGAUUUGCUACGCUCCAAGGUUAAACUCAUUUGUUUUGUUGACACACUGAUGACGCUGACCUCUGUGAAUAUAAAACCUGCAUUAUUUUUCUCCCCGUUGGAAGCAAACCCAGGCAUCGGUGCGAUCCAUCAUACUGACCAUACAUGAGGGGUGAGUGUGUGAUUGCGUGCUCUGAGGCAAUGCUUGAGGUCCUUGAGGAGAAAAGCUGAACACGCUUCUCGCAGAUGGUCGAUCCUCUUUCAAACACCAACAGUUCUCCCUUGGAGAUUCAUCUUGGGCUCCUGCUCGCCUGCGAUCUGCAAGUCUCUUGUGAGCUGGUUUGCUGCUGGGCAGUGCACGGGGCUCCGCUGCUUGUAUAGCGAGCAGUGAAACAUCUUAUUCCCUGCGUGAGCUCACUCAGAGCUGUAAGGGGCGAUUCUAAUGUAUGGCCUCGCCCCCACUUUUCUCCUCCGCCUCCUCAGCAGCAGCAGAGCACUUCAAUCUAGGAACCAUGCAAAUGUUGGUCUAGUAUGUAGUUCGUUCUGAACUAUUUUUUCUUACGCUCUCCUCUUCCCCCCUCAGAUUUAAUGCCUGUGAGGUAAAGACUUCUUGAAAGUCCUUGGUGGAGAUCUUGUGCGGUUUCUUUGCUCUUAGAUAAAAGAUAACCCAGUGCUGCAUAAUUCUCCAUAAAUAUAUCUGAUCAAUUUUAAUGAGUGGGGGUGUUGACGUAGGGUUUAUCGUGUGGGCACCCAGCUGUGAGCUUAAAUUUGGAGUGAAUCAUAGUCUUCCAUAGCACUUUGAGGCAACGGUUUUGUUUAAUCAGUCGUUUAAUUUUUAGGAAAAUGUCUUAAAUUGCAACUGUACCUGUCUUUUUUUAAGUUUGAUGUUUAUAAACCGGCUUGCGAUGCUUUGAAAAAUAUAUAUGAUAUACAUUUGCAGAUGUGAUAUACCUUUAAAGUCAAGCUCAAUUUGAGUCGAUGGUGUAAGUUUAAUUUAUUUUUAUACUCUUCUAUAUAGAAAAUAUAAAAUUACUGACUAGCCCACAUAUCUAUACACAGGCACAUGUUAACAUGAAUACAUAAAAUCUGACAAAGAUGAAUUUGUCAGGAUGUCAGGGACUGUUGAAAUAUGUGCGACAUGUUAUGGACGUCUUAUAGGCUAUUACAAUUAGUCUUUGCGUAUGCUGCUGUUGUUAAUGUAGAAUCUGUGUAGUUGCUCCCCUGUGGGACUCCAAUAAAUACAGUAAAUGUGUCUUUAUUAUUGGUGGGGGAGCUUUAGCAGCAUGAAGAUGUCCCUUUCCCCCAAAUGGGUCAUUUCUCUUUUUCUACUUGUCCAGAACAUGGGAAUGGAUGCAGUCGGAAAUCUGUGUUCAGUUUGAAGGUGAAAACGGUACACCUGGGUUAAACACAAGCUACAAAUCAUUCUUGGUGUUUGUUUUGGCCAAGUGGAGGAACCGAUUGACCUCAGUCAGUUGUCAAUCUAAGUACACUGAAUUGCAUUUUUUUUAAAGGCCCUGAAAACCUAUUGUCUCAUUAAUAUUCUAACUCUGUGUUACACAAACACGCAAUGACCUACAGUUUUAUCCCAAAGUUGGAACAGUUUUUUUCUUAAAUUUAAUAUGAGAUUUCUGUGUACACAUAUAUAAUAAUGAAUAUAAUAAUCAAAAAAAUUACGUAAGAGAAGCCAUUAUCUAUGCUGUCUUCAAAGCCACCAGGCUCCGUCAACAAAAACAGUAAUUUUACCUUGCAGAAUGGAGGAAUUGCUGGUCUACUACUGCCUCAAUCUGUUAGAUUGUGUUAUAAUGUGACUUUAGGUAAAUGGAAUUGAUCCUUCAAGAAACUAAAAUCUAACGCAAUAUGUGUUAUUUGAUUUUGGUAAAAGGAAUGAAUCCUUUUAAGACGCAAAAAUUGCACACAACAACACAAACAAGCUAAAAAAUCAAGGCAGGUAAAAUUACUGUUUUUGUCAAUGGAGUCUGGUUGCUAUGGCAACAGCAUAGAACGUCUUCAGUUCCCCCCAUGUUAAAGUGGUGAAAAUAUUCCAAAUAUGGCAAAUAUUUAAACUGAUUUUUUUUUGUCAGUUUUAACAUUUUUGCUUUUUAGAUGGGCCUUUUUUUUAGGUGGCUUAUAUACGUUUUUUUUGUUGCUGAGCCUGUCUACAGCAACCAUUUCAGUAAAACCGAACUAUCCCUUUUAGUGUUAAACUAGGGAUAUAAACAUUUUUUUUACUGGUUGGUUAGUUACUUAUGAGUAUUUAAUAUUACAGAGAAAUACUCCUAAUUUUAAACCAAGUUUGCAGGGUCUUUGAACUACUUUUCUGCACAUUCUGUGUUAAACUUUCUGGUACCUUCAAAGGCUAAAACAAACACCUAAAAGUAUUUGUAGGUUUGAUUCUUUCACUCAAACAGCUGUUUGGUCUAUUCCAUCACAAGUUUUCUCCUUCAUAACGUUUUUGACUCCCUUUAUAACACGGGACAGCAAGAGAGAAUGCUUCCAACCUAUCAGGGAAUUUUUUCCAUGUUGAGUGAAGUUUCAUCAACCAGAGAAAUCCAAAUGUUUGCUUCUUCGACUUUUCCUUUCCAUGUGUCGGCCUUGUAGUAUGAACGAUUGCAGGCCCUUUAGACUUUCAGGUGUGUACAGAAUUAUAUGGGAAUGAUGUUUUGGUAUUUGUCUGAUUAAGAAAGAGAGAGAUGGUGUUUAUGCAAUUUACUAUUUUUUAAAUCUAAUACAUUAUUUAUGUGUAGCAAGAAGGCAGAUUUUUUUCUUUUUUGUUUUGUUUUAAAUGACAAUGGAUGUUUUCUUUAUGGGGUGCCUACCUCCAGGAUUCUUAACAAAGGGGUCACGAUCCGAAGAUGUUCACAUGCUAUGUAUUAGAAAACAUAUAUUUUUGAUGUCUUCAUUUUUUGAAUAAUGAUUGUCUCUAAAAGAACUAUUACAUAACAUUGCUGUAUUACUCUUAUUAAGAUUCAUCCCAUACUAUUUUCCAUUUGUUUAGAGGUGGGAGAUGAACAUAUGAAGUAUUUACAGUUGUGCUCUCUCUUAUAGUAUCAACUGCAAACUGUACUUCUGUCUCUAAAUGAUACCUUAACAUUUUGUGUGGCUAUACCGUGUGUUUGUAUCUGUUCGUCUGUGCGAGUGUGUGUGAAUGUGCGUCUAGUAAACAAAUCUUAUAGGUUCAUGUCCUUUUAAAGAUACAGAAAUGUUCUCCGAGAGGUGCAUGUUAACCAAACUGUGAGCGAGUUUAUUAACAAUGCAUAGCUUUUUUUGCUGAUGAAAACAUCAUAGCUUCUUUAGAGAUAUCACCCAGGUCUUCUGGUGAUUUAGCACUGUGGUUUUUACAUCUUAACUCCAGUUAGUUAGUCGAAUUAUUUCAUCUAUCGAGUUUGAUUUACACAUAUGGGGACGAGGCAGCGUUUGGCUGCUCUUCUCACUCUUUUAACCACGUGUAAAACAUCUGAAUGUUUUGCAUUUGAAGUGCCCAUUUUAAUUGACAUUUUCAAAUCAUGAUUUUUGUGGUUUGAUUUCUCUUUAAGCGAUGUCUACAUAUUGCUAUUUAACAAUGGUUCACAAAGAGAAACUAAAAGCAAGAUAUUGAGAGACAUUGAUUAAACUAUAAAGGGCUUCUUAAUCUAUCGGUCUUUAUUGAAUUGUGAUGACCUUGUUGCAUGUUUGUGUGUUUCUUGUGGAAAAAUAAAUGUGCCCUGGACAGGGGUAGUUUGUUUGA